CGCGGCAGCGGCGGUGGACACCACAGCGGCGGAGUCCUGCGCCGGCUGGGUCGUGCACCUUAAGGCAGACGUCUCCAGUUCUUAUUUGACGAGAUGCAGCAGCCAGAUGGCAUGAGUUUCGUGCGUCUUCGAACACUUAACGUCAAAUCACAUGGGCUCUGAAUUCAGCCAAAUUUCGAAUGUUAUGGACGAGCAGAAGAGAAUCUUGAAGCAGAAAGAAAGCGAAUGCAGAAACUUAUCAACUGCAUCUCCAUCAAAUGAUUCAGGAACUUGCAAACCAACAUGGGACCAAAUUUUGUGCUGGCCAGAGACAGAGCCUGGGGAAAAUCAAAUUCUGCCAUGCCCAGGAUAUUUCUUCGGGUUUGAUCCUAAGCAAAAUGCAACAAGAUUCUGUCACGACAAUGGUACCUGGAUGCAAUGGAGUAACUAUUCUGAAUGCUACGAUUCUUUAUAUGCAACUGUGACUGAGCCUUUUACCGGAGCUCUUAAUGAUUCUACUCUAGCGGCAUACCUGCCAGUUGUAACUGAUAUUUCGAGAGCUGGGUAUAGCAUUUCUCUUCUGUCACUACUUCUUGCUUUCUCCAUUUUGGCUUCUGUGAGAACAUUACGAUGUCCACGAAAUAUAUUGCACAUGCACCUAUUUGCUUCAUUUAUUAUGAGAGCAUUUGUAAUACUGUUAAAAGAUGUGCUUUUCGUCCUUGGAGUUGGUCUUCCAAGUAACCUCGUAGAACGAAGUGGCAGAUAUUACUUUAGAGUACCUGCAGAGGGAACCAUCUGGGACUGUAAACUAGUUUCAAGCAUAUGGCAGUAUUUCAUGCUGGCGAAUUACAGUUGGAUAUUGAUGGAAGCGCUAUAUUUACACAACCUUAUUUUCAGCGCACUCUUUUCAGAUAGGAGCAGCAUUAAGGUUUACAUCAUUCUAGGCUGGGGUUUGCCACUCCUCUGUGUCAUCCCCUGGAUUGUAUGCAGGAUUUACAUAGAAGAUGAUCUAUGUUGGACUGUAAACAGAAAUAAAAUUGUGUUUGGGAUAAUAUUUGUUCCUAUAGCAGUCUCGAAUAUCAUAUGUUUCAUAUUAUUUGUAAUCCUUGUGUGGGUUAUAUUAAGGAAACUACGAUCAUCCGUGUGUGAGGAGACAAAAAUCUACAGACGUCUGGCGAAAUCUACACUCGUACUUAUACCGUUAUUUGGAGUGCACUACGUAGUAUUCCUGGGCUUUCACUUAUAUUCAGAACCUGAAAGUACAACAGAAAUGGUUGCACUUUUUAUAAACCAGUUGUUUACCUCAUUCCAGGGUUUCUUCGUAGCACUGCUCUACUGCUUCCUGAACGCGGAGGUGGGGACGGAGCUGAGCAAGUCGUGCUCGUGGUGGUCGAGGCGGCGCGGCAGGGCCGGCGGCGGCAGAGGCGGCGGCGUGUCGGCGGCGCACCAC